AUGCUGGGUGAUCUGGUACGACGCGGGAAUGUCAUGGUAAAAGUAAUGUUUCCUAUCAAACGUCGACCUGGGGUUCUAUUCUCAGGUUUGAAUCUACCUAUGACUUGUAGAGAACUUACUAUGGUACAUCCCAAUGCUAGAGCCGUCAAUAGGGACAGUCUGAUCGCCUCAGGAUCCAACACCUUUCCCUCGGCUCAUCCGGUCAUAUCUUUCUGCGUUCGACUGGCUCUUUCGAGCAUACUCGGUAUCGGGGUAGUGGUCACUGUCAUCCUUCUUCAUGAUGCUACCACUUAUUCUGAACGACAUGUAGACCGAGUGCCUUGUAAUCCUCUAUCUCUUCAUCCACGGACGGGAGGAAAGAAGAAUCUACCGAUAGUCGAAGUCAAUCUUGAUGACGAAGAAGACGAUGCGAAACGUGCCAUGAAAGAUAAACCGAAAUUGGUGGUGAUUGGCGGAGGAUGGGGUGCCGUGGCGCUGUUACAAUCUCUUCCUCCCUCAGCUUACAAUGUCACACUCAUCUCCCCUCAAACGUACUUCACCUUCACCCCUCUUCUUCCUUCUGCAUGUGUCGGUACUGUCGAGCCUCGGUCUCUGGUCGAACCCAUACGCAAGCUAAUCGCACGUGUCAGAGGUCAUUAUCUCAUGGGAGCUGCCGUUGAUCUAGAUAUGGCCGAACGAUUGGUAGAGGUCGAGGUUGCUAGUGAUCAGGGAACGGGGACUAUAAGAUGUUAUGUGCCAUAUGAUAAACUCAUCAUUGCGGUGGGAUCGACAAGUAACGAUCAUGGAGUGAAGGGGUUAGAACAUUGUUUUCAACUCAAGACUGUACCUGAUGCCCAAGCCAUAAGACGGAGAGUAAUGAAUAGAAAACGACUCCUAUCUUUCGUCAUCUGCGGUGGUGGUCCUACGGGAGUGGAGUUUGCGGCUGAGCUGAGAGAUAUGAUGGCGGAAGAUGUGCUGAAAUAUUACCCUAAGCUACUUGAAAGUGAGGUACAGGUGCAUGUCGUCCAGAGUCAAGACCAUAUCCUCAACACCUAUGCCGAGAAGAUCUCACAAUACGCCGAACAAAAAUUCAAACGCAGCGAUGUCAACGUCAUAGUCAAUGCCAGAGUCCAAGAAGUCACGCCGAACAGCGUCAAAUUGACGUUGAAGGAUCCUAAGAAUAAGGAAGCCAAACCGGAGGAGGCAGAGCUUGCCGCUGGUUUCGUCCUGUGGAGUACUGGAAUUGCGAUGCAACCGUUCACCCGCCGACUGGUCGAAUUGCUUCCAAAUCAGUUCCACUCAAAAGCCGUAGAAGUCGACUCGUUCCUCCGGGUACAAGGGGCUCCAAAGGGUACUGUAUAUGCCGUUGGUGAUGCUGCAACCGUACAUACAAAUCUUGUGAAUGAUUUGAUGGAUCUAUGGGAGAAAUUUGAUGAGAACAAGGAUGAAACGCUCGAUUUUGAUGAAUGGCAGAAGAUGAGUAAACACAUAAAACAGAAAUAUCCCCUAGCAUCGAAGAACCUGGAGAGAUUACGGGAGUUGUUUGACGAGUUUGAUAAAGAUCAAGAUCAGCGUUUGUCGUUGAACGAAGUGGCGGAGAUGUUCCAGCACCUAAGUCAGAAGAUGACGUCGUAUCCCGCUACGGCUCAAGUAGCCAGUCAACAAGGAAAAUAUUUGGGAAAGAAGUUUUCAAAAUUGGCAAGACAAUACAAGGUGUUGAGAGAGAAUGAUAUGCCUGAUUUGGACGAUGAAGCUUUCUAUGAUCCAUUCGUGUACCGGCAUCUUGGGACUUUGGCGUAUAUUGGCAACUCCGCUGUGUUCGACUACGACGGCUGGUCCCUCGCUGGAGGUCUGUUAGCGAUGUACGCCUGGCGCUCAAUCUACUGGUCAGAACAGACGUCUAUGCGAACGAGAAUGUUGCUCAUGCUCGAUUGGGUGAAACGGGGUAUCUUCGGACGAGAUCUGUCUAAAUUCUAA